GGAGCGACGCAGACGUUCGGUUCGCGAAAUUAAAUAUAUCCGCCGCUCAAUUUGGUUGCCAUGGAGUUCGUUAAACUUUGGGCGCUAAUUAUUUGUUUGUGUUCGGUGAACGCUCGCGAAAUUGACAUUAAAAAUGAAUUGCUAUCCCUGACCGAACAAUUCAAGGCUCUGAAGACCGUGCAUCUGGCUGAUGUUUCCCGCCUCAAAGAAGAGAUUAAGGAACUCAAGAAGCACGCUGCUAAUACGUUCACUGAGAACUACACUCGCAAUGAACAAGCAACUCUGCAAUGGGCGAAGAGUUCCAUGAGGGAACUUCGAAUUGAAAUGCGUGAACUAAGUCAAAGUAUUAACAGCUCGGUACUGCUGCGACAAUUGCAAAACAUCCGCAACGAGUUAAAACGGGCAUUGUCUGAGAACACGGACCUGGCUCAGUUAGCUCGUACUCAGGAGGCGCGAGUGGACAAAUUGGAUAGCGAAGUCGGCCGGCUCAAAUACGACAGCCAAGAAAUAAGAGGCAUGGUCGCUGAGAUACGCAGUCAAGUCGCGAAACUCUCAAAGGAGAUUAAAUUGAAGACACUCAAUGAAGAUAGCUUCAAUGAUGUCCUAGAGCCAUACGAAAAACAUGCUUCAGACUCGCAUCCUAAGCAUGGACACAAAAUACGCCACAACAAAAUGGUGCACGCCCAAAUAUCCCGUUUGGCCCGCAGCCAAAAUCAGUUGGAUGAAUACCAACAGCACUUGCAGACUCAACUCCUCGAUGUGCUUCGUCGCCUCGACCGCAUUGAAGAAGCUAACUGGAAUCUGGUCUCAACUCGAGUAGAUUACCUUGCAACUGAAACUAACACAAUCAAAAAUGAACUGAACAAUGUAACCCAACGAGUGGCCGACUUUGAUAAAGUCCAUGCCUCUAUGCUUGAACUGCGCGAGGACGUUGAAAGCAUUGAGAACAAAGCUGACAAAACAAUUCCCGAGUUUAGAAAAGAGAUAUCUAAACUGGAUCUUAGCUUCGCCCAGCUCAACGCUCAAUCUUCUUAUCUAAAAGAGGACCAAGAGAAUCUCCGUCAAUCUGUUAAGGCCAUCGCAGUCAGCGUGAGCAACACCAUUGAUCGUGCCGAAAUGGAUCGUCUCGUUAUCAAAGCUCUCAAUGACUCUGUGAUCGGUCUCGAAAAUAUAAGCAAGCAACACUACUACCGCCUUAACGAUCACAUUCUCAAGAGUGAAGCCAAUAAGACAACAAUGAUUAGUCAAUAUAUUCCGCUCCCUGAACUUAUUGAUGAAGUUAAAGAGCUUCAACCCCUGGAACGUGAGUAUGAAAAUCUGGUUGUUCAAUUACCUAAGGAUUGCUCAAGCGUGACUGGACCUGACCAAGUUUAUUUAAUAAACCCUGGCCAUUCUCCGAUUGAGACCUUUUGUACCAAUGGAAGUACCCUUAUUCAACGACGUUACAACGGAUCCGUAGAAUUUAAUAGGAAAUUUGCUCAAUACGUGCAAGGUUUUGGUAACGCAGCCUCCGAAUUUUGGCUUGGCUUGGAAUCGAUGCACCAAUUGACCGCUGAUAACUGCUCUUCUAUGAGGAUCGAGAUGACCGAUAUUUAUGGAAGCUCUUGGCAUGCUGAAUAUGAUCAUUUCUCCGUUGGAAGCGCUGAUACUGGAUAUGUUUUGACUGUGAGCGGUUUCAGAGGCAAUGCUAGUGACGCUUUUGAGUACCAAAACCAUAUGGAAUUUUCUGCCAUCGACCACGACAGAGACAUCUCGAAUACUCAUUGCGCUGCCAACUAUGAAGGAGGUUGGUGGUUCUCUCAUUGCCAGCACGUGAAUAUCAAUGGCAAGUACACUCUUGGUUUGACCUGGUUUGACUCUCUAAGGAAUGAGUGGAUAGCGGUUGCAACCAGUGAGAUGCGCCUAUUCCGUAACAAACGCUGUACUUAAAUUACAAGAUACUGCGUUUUCAAUUCAUAUUAUUUAAACAUCUACAUUUAAAUUAUUGUAACUAUUAUUAUGAGUAAUCAUGCCAAAGAUAUCCUAGUAAUCAAUUAAAAUAUAUAAUCUUUAAAAGUUCAUUGUAGUGCAUAGAUUUUUGCUUAAUAUACUCUAUAGGUGUCUAUUAUAGUAUAUUAAUCUCCCUGACUAGGUAAUCAAAUUAUUAAAUAUUUCGGUUAUUAAGAUUUAAAAGUAAUUUGUUGUAAAAGAAACUGUCUUAGUUUGCGACAACAAGUAUUGAAUGAAGUGCUUGUAAUAAUUUUGUAACGCUAUAAAAAUGUUAAUUUUAAGAUUUCUUAGCAUCACAUCGCAAUUAUUGUAGGAUAUAAUAUUAUUUAUUUUUCAAUUUUGUAAAUAUAUAGUUUAAGUUAAAACGCUAAUUUACUUGUAUAUAAUUUCAUAAUAAGAUUUCUUAAUUUUUAUUAAAUGAUUUUUGUUAAUAUUUCCUUAUUUGCAAAAUUAGCUACAGUAAUCAAUUUAAUCUAAAAUUCAUUAAGUAGAAUAUUUUUUUACAGUAUGAUAUUAUGUUAUUGUUCUCUGAUAUAGCAAUUUGUUAAAAUGUAUAAUGCACCAUAGCUUUUUCAAAAUCACUGAGUUUUUAAUAAGGUAACAUAUUAUCAUCAGUUUUGUAAUUUAGUUAUACGAUUGUUUAUCGAUUACCAUAGUACCAAGGGAUUUAAACCAAAUA